UUGAUCAAUCAUCAUCUUCAAGCACGAACCAGACCCAAAUUCUCCGAUCAGAUCCUUAACCCAUCUCCGAUUCGACCGAAUUGAAUCCGCCGCCAUGUCCGUCGCCAAUCCCAAUCGAACCCUGAUCCCCACUCUCUCCGCCUCCUCCUUCUUCUUCGUCUUGCUGUUUCUGCUUCAUCCUCAUCUUCAGCUCGCACAUGCCAAGAAGCCCCACGCCAUCGCCUUCCGAUCCCCUGGCCUCUACCCGGAAGCCAUGGCCUGGGACCCGUCCGCCCAGCACUUCCUCGUCGGCUCCCUCCGAAGCCGCUCCAUCCACGCCGUCUCCGACGCCGGCGUCGUCGAGGACCUCAUCCGCGACGACUCCCUGCCCCCCAACUCCACCAUCCUCGGCGUCGCCGUCGACCGCCCCCGCAACCGCCUCCUCGCGGUCGUCCACUCCGUCGCCCCCCUCCCGCCCUUCAACGCCCUCGCCGCCUACGACCUCCGCUCCCGGGACCGCCUCUUCCUCUCCCUCCUCCCCUCCUCCCCAUCCGGCGGCGAAGACCGCGCGAACGACGUCGCCGUCGAUUUCGCCGGCAACGCCUACGUCACCAACUCCUUCGCCGACCUCAUCUGGAAGGUCAGCCCCGACGGGGCCGCCUCGAUCUUCUCCAGAUCCCCGGCGUUCACCUCGUACCCCGUGGACCGCGACGCGCCGCACAGCUACUGCGGCCUCAACGGCAUCGCCCACGUCAGCAGGGGGUACCUCCUGGUGGUGCAGUCCAACACGGGGAAGAUGUACAAGGUGGACGCGGAGGACGGCACGGCGAGGGCCGUCCUUCUCAACAGGGACCUGCCGCUGGCCGACGACGUGGUGGUGCGGAGGGACGGGGUGGUGCUGGUGGUGUCGAUGAACAAGCUGUGGUUCCUGAAGAGCGACGACGGGUGGGGGGAAGGGGUGGUGUACGAUGAGGCGGCGCUGGACGUGGAGAGGUUCCCGACGUCCGUCGCGGUGGGGGCGGAGGAGAGGGCGUACGUGCUGUACGGGCACGUGCUGGAGGGUUGGUCGGCGGGGGAGGCGGGGAGGGAGUGGUUCGGGAUCGAGGAGGUGAGGUCGGAGAGGGAGAGCAAGGAGGAGAAGGUGUGGAUAUACGUGGUAUUGGGCCUGGGCUUGGCUUACUUCAUGUUCUGGAGGUUUCAGAUGAAGAAGCUCGUGACCAACAUGAACAAAAAGACCAAUUAGCCCCCCUCCCACUUCUCAUUUUUCAUGUAAUGUCCUUUUCUUUUUUUUUAAGGUUUUGGUUUUUUUGUUGUUGUAAUCCUGGAUUUGGCUGAUUAGAUUUGGUUCUGUGGAGGAGUGAUUUAGUGGAAAUGCAUAGCACGUUGGGUUUUUGUUC